AACGCGCACCCCGUCCCUCCCCUCCCCCCUCUUCCUGCCCCGAGGGGCAAAGGCUCGGUUUCCCAGAAGCUGCCGGGCCGGGCCGGAGGCCGCGGGGGAGUGGGGCGGCGCCGGUGGGGAGAGAGAGGCGGGCACAGGGGAGGCCACAAACUUUUUGACUCAGCCUCGGGGCCCUCCGUGACAUUCCCGUCUGCAGGCCCCGGAGGAGCGGACGCUGCCGAGCCACCCACCGCGCCGCCCGCAGGGAGACCCGGAGCUGCUCCGUGGCCUCGCGCGCACCGAGAGGCGAGACGCGGCGCCGACAUGAGCAGCGUCUGGCUGCAGCCGCUCAGCCUGCCCGGCCUGGCCCUCGCCGCGGCCCUGCUGCUCCUGCCGCUGUGGUGCCUGCUCUCCCGGCGCACCAGGAGACCUGGUGAGCCUCCAUUGAUAAAAGGUUGGCUUCCUUACCUUGGAGUGGCCCUACAGUUACAGAAAAACCCCUUAAAGUACUUAAAAACCCUUCAAAAGCAACAUGGUGACAUUUUCACUCUUUUCCUUGGGGGGAGGUACCUAACAUUUAUCCUGGACCCUUUCCAGUACCAAUUAUUGAUAAAAAAUCACAACAAAUUAAGCUUUCGAAUGUUUUCUCAUAAAUUUUUAAAAGCAUUUUGCAUCAAGAAGUUUUUAGAAAAUGAUGAAAUACAUGUUGAUAUUCACACCUGCUAUCAAUUUUUACAAGGCAAAUCUUUAGACAUACUCUUGGAAGACUUAACGAAGAAUGUAAAACGAGUGUUUGAACCCCUACUGUUAAAAACCACAAGCUGGGAUACAGCACGAGUAGGUACUUUCUGCGCUUCAACAUUAUUUGAGAUCACAUUUACAACCAUCUAUGGACACCUUCUUACCGACAACAGGAAAGAAUUUAUUAGUGAGCUAAGAGAUGAUUUUUUUAAAUUUAAUGACAAGUUCCAUUAUUUAUUAUCCGACAUACCCAUGGACCUUCUAGGAAAUAUCAGAUCUCUUCGGACGAAACUCAUACAAUGCUUAACAUCAGAAAACUUAGCUAAGAUGCAAGGACAGUCAGAAAUUGCUCAAAUGAGGCAAAAUAUCCUGGAGAAAUACUACGUGCAUGAGGACUCUGAAAUAGGAGCACAUCAUUUAGCCUUUCUCUGGGCCUCUUUGACAAACACCAUUCCAACUAUGAUCUGGGCAAUGUAUUAUCUUCUGCGGCAUCCAGAAGCUAUGUCAGCAUUGCGUAAUGAAAUUGACCAUUUGCUACAGUCAACAGGUCAAAAGAAAGGGUCUGGAUUUUCCAUCCACCUCACCAGAGAACAAUUGGACAGCCUGAUCUGCCUAGAAAGCACUAUUCUUGAGGUUUUUCGACUGUGCUCCUUCUCAGGCGCCAUUCGUUUUGUCCAGGAGGAUUUUACACUGGAUUCAGAGCUCAAGGACAGCUGUGUGCGAAAAGGAGACUUUGUAGCCUUCUUUCCUCCGAUCUUACACAGUGACCCUGAAAUCUUUGAAGCUCCCGAGGAAUUUAGAUAUGAUCGUUUUAUAGAAAAUGGCAAGAAGAAAACUACUUUUUAUAAAAGAGGGAAAAAGCUGAAGUGUUACCUGAUGCCAUUUGGAUCUGGAAUCAACAAAUGUCCAGGCCGAUUUUUGGCAAUUCUUGAAAUAAAGCUAUUGUUGGUUGUACUUUUAACUUACUUUGAUUUAGAAUUAAUUGAUGAUAAGCCUAUGAAACCAAACUACAACCGCGUGUUAUUAGGAAUUCAGCAUCCAGAUUCUGAUGCUUUGUUUAGGUACAGGGUGAAAUCUUAGCGAAGCCAAAACAACAAAAAAAAAGAAAUCUAUCAAAAUUAACCCAGAUGUCCUAACAUCAUCUUCGUUUUUAAUUUCUGUAAAUGUAAUUGCUUUGUUUAUUUGUUUAAAAUGUGCCAAUUUCUAUUUGAUCUGAGGUCAGUUCAGUUUGUAUUUGGUCACAAAGCUUAUAAAAUAAAACAGGAUGGUGGCAUGAAAAUGGAUAUCAAAAUAAACUUAUGAUAAACUCAAAUAGUUAUUUUUUAGUUUCUAUUUACUGUAAUUUUCACCUGUUAUAAUAAAUGUACCUUCCCCAAAUGGA